CUGUAGUCCGCUGGCCAAAUACACGUUUCAAACAUGAGUUUGCCGGAGCCAGAAGCUCUAGGAGCUGAGCGGCGCUUUCCCCAGAGUCUCUGAGCGGGCCGGGCCGGGCCGCGGCACAGGGACAAAGCAGGGGGCAGCGCAGCGCUGGCGCUAUGUUUCACCCCUGCUCUCCCCCUCGUUGUUCGCCCCCCUUCGCCCCUUGUCCGCAGUACGGAUUCGUCAAUCACGCCCUGGAGCUGCUGGUGAUCCGGAAUUACGGCCCGGAGGUUUGGGAGGACAUCAAGUUCAGAAUGGAAACUACAAGCCUUUAAAAUAUUUGUAAAUGGUUUACUGGAAAGGUUUACUGGAAACUAAAGUACUAAUGCAGUUGCCUCCAGGCAGGUUGGCUGAUGUGUUUGCUCUGCUAAAAUUAGGACCAGAUUAUCAGCAGGAGGCAAGGUGUGGUGUCAUCGAACACCUCAGUGGGAGAGUUAAUCUGGUACUGAAAAGAUGCAAAAGGGUUUCACAGACAUCUCAUUGGGAGAUGGGCAGGUUUGAGAUCACAUGGGUCACACUCUUCUCCAAGAUCUGCAGUACCUAACACAGCAACUGGCAGCUGUCCGCCUGAAACCACUCUUACUAACACUGAGAAUCCUGUAUGCAGAUGUGAAUAUAUCCUCCAAUUGUUGAGCUGCUGUGCACUCCAAAGCAGCCACCACACCAAAACAAAUGAAUGUUUCCCUGGCAUGUGAAGUCUGCAUCUGUUUCAUAAGGGUUAUAAAGCUACAUCUGUUCCUGCAGUGAUUUAUAACGACAUAUCUUCCACAGCAAUUGCCUUCAUCUACUGUUCUGGCUUCUACUGUUAGUCAGCAGAAGAGAAUUAAACACAAAGCAAAGUACUCUUAAUCUCAAUAGACAGAGAGACUUUGUACAGUAUGUUCUGUACCAAACUGAAAGACUUGAAGAUCACUGGGGAAUGUCCUUUCUCCUUACUGACCCAAAGUCAUAUAUCUGAUGAACAUGAGGAGGAAUGUGCAGAAGUGCCAAAUAGUUCUAGAGCAGCUUUGCCCAUCUGCAAAGAAGUCAGUGAAAAAGACACUCAUGGGACCCUUCCAAAGAGGAAAACCAGUAGAAGCAGAGUGUAUCUGCACACUUUAGCUGAAAGCAUCUGUAAACUGCUCUUUCCUGAGUUUGAAAGGUUACACCUUGCACUUCAGAGAACAUUAGCAAAGAACAAAAUAAAAGAAAACAGGAAGUACGGGGAGAGAGAAGAUUUUGAAAAAAUAGUCACUGAUCAUGCAAAUGCAGCAGGUGUUCCAGUUGAAACUGUAAAGGAAUCUCUUGGUGAAGAGCUAUUCAAAAUAUGUUAUGAAGAGGAUGAACACAUCUUAGGAGUUGUCGGAGGAACCCUUAAGGACUUCUUGAACAGUUUCAAUACUCUUCUGAAGCAGAGUGGGCAUUGCCAAGAAGCAGACAAAAAGAGCAAACUUGAGGAAGCCUCCAUAUUAUGCCUGGAAAAAGAUCAAGAUUUCUUAAACGUGUACUGUUUCUUUCCUAAGAAAACAACUAGUCUCAUUCUGCCUGGCAUUAUUAAGGCAGCAGCUCAUAUUUUGUAUGAAACCGAAGUGGAAGUGAUGCUGAUGCCCUCCUGCUUUCGUAAUGACUGCACAGAGUUUAUUAACCAGCCAUAUUUGUUGUACUCUGUACUAGUCAAAAGCACAAGACCUUCCUUAUCUCCAUGUAAACCACAGUCCUCUCUUGUGAUUUCCGCCUCUCUCUUCUGUAAAACUUUCCCAUUUCAUUUAAUGUUUGACAAGGAUAUGGCUGUUCUACAAGUUGGCAAUGGGAUAAGGAGACUUUUGAACAGGAGAGAAUUUCUAGCAAAUCCUAACUUUGAGGAGUAUUUUGAAAUUCUUACCCCGAGAAUAAACUGCACAUUUAGUGGGAUCAUGACAAUGCUCAAUAUGCAGUUUAUCGUACGAGUGAAGAGAUGGGACAAUGCUGUUAAGAAGUCAUCAAGGGUAAUGGAUCUUAAAGGCCAAAUGAUCUAUAUUUUUGAAUCCAGUGCCAUCUUGUUCUUGGGAUCUCCCUGUGUGGACAGAUUAGAAGAUUUUACAGGACGUGGAUUAUACCUUUCUGAUAUUCCAAUUCAUAAUGCACUGAGGGAUGUUGUUUUGAUAGGAGAACAAGCCAGAGCUCAAGAUGGACUAAAGAAGAGAUUAGGAAAGCUUAAAGCUACUCUUGAGAUGGCCCACCAAGCUCUGGAAGAGGAGAAGAAGAAGACUGUAGAUCUUUUGUGCUCAAUUUUUCCUGGUGAGGUUGCUCAGCAGCUGUGGCAGGGACAAGUUGUGCAAGCCAAGAAAUUUAAUAAUGUCACAAUGCUUUUCUCUGACAUUGUAGGAUUCACUGCCAUCUGUGCCCAGUGCUCACCUAUGCAGGUUAUCACCAUGCUUAAUGAGCUCUAUACUCGCUUUGAUUACCAGUGCGGAGAGCUAGAUGUCUACAAGGUGGAGACCAUUGGAGAUGCUUAUUGCGUGGCCGGAGGUUUACACAAAGAAAGCGAGACACACGCUGUUCAAAUAGCAUUGAUGGCACUGAAGAUGAUGGAGCUGUCAGAUGAGGUGAUGUCUCCCCAUGGAGAGCCUAUCAAGAUGCGUAUUGGCCUCCAUUCUGGGUCCGUCUUUGCUGGAGUUGUUGGGGUUAAAAUGCCACGUUAUUGUCUCUUUGGAAACAAUGUAACCCUUGCCAACAAGUUUGAGUCUUGCAGUAUACCUAGGAAAAUAAAUGUCAGUCCAACAACUUACAGGCUGCUAAAAGAAUAUCCAGAUUUUGUGUUCACACCUCGCUCAAGAGAAGAACUUCCUCCAAACUUUCCCAGUGAUAUUCCUGGUAUUUGUUACUUUCUGGAUGCUUAUCUUCAAGGAACAAAUUCAAAGCCUUGGUUUCAAAAGAGAGAUUUUGAAGAUGGUAAUGCAAAUUUCUUGGGCAAGGCAACAGGGGUAGACUAAAUUGUACAUUCACACAUUUACAAAAGAAUUUUAUAAAUAUUUUAAUUUUGUAUAAAUUGAGAGUUUAAAAAAGUAUGAAACAUGAAAGCACUUUAGAUUGUUAAUACCUGAAAGCCAGUAUUAAAAUUUCAGGAAGUAUGUCAGAUACUACUUUUUAUUUUUACUUGCCAGACGAUAUAUAGUCACUAAAAUAAUAUUUCAACUUCACUAUUUAAAACACUGUUUAAGAGUACUUUUUUUCCCUGUGGUAAUCUAUGCUACAUAACGACCAUUUCAACUCUACCUGUACUGAAAAUUCUAAACAUGUUGUACAUACAGUAUAUCAAAAAAUGUUGUGUACAAGUGAUGCAGUCAUAUGCAGUUUGGUGUGCUGGUGCAUACCAGUGACUAUUAAAAUACAGUUUUCUUAGUUGCUUUGUAAGAAAAAGGAAACACCCAUUACGUAAUAACUCCUUCCAUUGCAUCUUUGGGCCCAGUCCAGUGAGGUGCUGCCCAUCUCCUAGCGGGAGCUGAAGUCAACAGUAAUUGAAGGCACUCAGCACCUUGAUGGAUCAGGUUGCUAAUUAUAACUAAUACUAGUAUAUACAGCAGAGUAUGGAUGCUUACUGUUCCCUGAAUUUGUUUUCUUUGUGCAUAAAAUAAAUAUUUAUAGAAUAUUCAAAUAUUGUAUAAUCACACACUAAAGCCUCUGUAAUCAAAUAAGAUUUUAGUUUUUGGAGUUUUUAAACCCUAUUUUAAAAAUUAUUUCCCUCUGAUACUAUGUAUCAUAGCAAUAAAUGUUUUCUUUUUGUUGUCA